UUAGGUCAGCUGACUAUGAGCUGUCACGUGGUGUUCAUAAACAGCAGAGAGUAUGCGGAAAGUGCAUGAAUAGACAACCGGGCUGCCUUUAAAGGGAGCUCACAGCUCGGUGGUUGCUGUGUCACAGGUUCGUUUCCAUCCUCUAACAUGGCUUGGACAAAAUAUCAGCUGUUCCUGGCGGGGCUGAUGCUCACAACUGGCUCCAUCAACACCUUAUCCGCAAAAUGGGCUGACAUGUUCUCAGCAAAGGGUUGCCAUGGUAACCCUGAACACACCUUUUCCCAUCCAUUUGUACAGGCUGUGGGAAUGUUUCUGGGCGAGUUCAGCUGUCUCGCCGUCUUCUACAUCUUGCUGUUCCAUGACAGACGCAGCCCAGAGCCAAGAAUGAACGUCGGCCAGAGCUUCAACCCUCUACUCUUCUUCCCUCCUGCGAUGUGUGACAUGACAGCCACGUCCAUCAUGUAUGUUGCGCUGAACAUGACGAGCGCCUCCAGUUUCCAGAUGCUUCGUGGAGCCGUCAUCAUCUUCACCGGUCUCCUGUCUGUAGCUUUUCUGGGUCGUCGGCUCGCACCCAGUCAGUGGCUCGGCAUCUUUGUCACCAUCCUCGGCUUGGUGGUAGUCGGACUCGCCGACUUUGUUAGUGGCCACAGAGAUGACUCCCACAAGCUCACUGAUGUCAUCACGGGUGAUCUCCUGAUCAUCAUGGCUCAGAUCAUAGUUUCGGUGCAGAUGGUGCUGGAGGAAAAGUUUGUCUACAAGCAUGAUGUGCAUCCUCUUCGAGCUGUUGGAACUGAAGGUUUGUUUGGUUUUGUCGUCCUUUCCCUGCUGCUCAUCCCCAUGUACUUCAUCCACGUUGGGGACUUCAGCGACAAUCCUCGGCAGGUCCUGGAGGACGCGCUGGAUGCCUUCUGUCAGAUUGGAUAUAAGCCCCUCAUCCUCUUGGCUCUCCUGGGUAACACGGUCAGCAUCGCCUUCUUCAACUUCGCCGGGAUCAGCGUCACAAAGGAGAUAAGCGCCACCACCCGAAUGGUGCUGGACAGCCUGCGUACGCUGGUCAUCUGGGUGGUGAGCCUGGCGCUGGGUUGGGAGCAGUUUCACGGCCUGCAGGUUCUGGGAUUUUUGGUCCUGCUGACAGGCACUGCGCUCUACAAUGGACUGCACCGCCCCCUGCUGGCCAGGAUACCGUGGUGUGCCAACAGGAUGAACUUGGAUGAAGACAGCGAUGCAGAAAGAGAGAGACUGUUGAAUGAAGGAAGGGUGCCAGCCAGUGAAGACACAUAAACUGAGCUGAAACACUGCGAAAACAAUUCCACAAACUGCAGCUCUUAUAAUGCUGUCAGACGUUUUCACAUUUUCUGUUCAUGCCUCGUAAAAUGCUGUUAUGUAAAACUAUUUUUAAAAGUAAUAAACAUUUUGGGGGGGAAAAAAACUUUCUUGUCUUGCAGAAUACUUAAUAAAUCUACUGACACUUUCUUGAAGGUGAAUCAAUUUGACUUCAUGCAUUCAUUCAGAAAAAAACCCAAAAACAAAGCCACUGCAGGCACACUUAUCAGUCUUCCUACUGUAAAGUUGUACAAUUCCCUUGUCUCCUGUUUCACACAGUUAUAAUGGGUUUUCUACAGGGUUUAUGUUUGAAAGGGCAAAAAAGGUUCAUUUUGUGUUGUCUGGGUUAAUAUGCUGAUGACUCAUUGGCAAUCUUUAAUCUUUUAAUCUGAGUUUUAUUUAAGAUGUCCUGGUUUCAAAGUUUAUAUUGGCAGACUGAGAUUACAUAGGCAAAAUCUCAGCUAGAUCACUUAUUCCCCAUACUUGAAAGUGAAGUUGAUGACAUUAAUAAUUCUGCAAGGUGAAUAAUUUGUUAGACAAUUACAAGCUAGACAUGGAAGAAGCUUGUACAUCACAAUGUUUUAAAGGGAGUGUUUGUGUAAGAGGAACUUUCAGUUUGUUAGGCAUUCUUAAAGAAGCCAAAAAAAUGUUUUAUGUAGUUUUUUUUUUUCUAAUCAUUUUUGCUCUUAUUUUUAGAAAAGAAGCUUGAGCAUUUUAUUUAGAGCAAAAAUACUGGAGUUUUUGUGGGAAAAUUUAUUUUUUUUCUUUUUUUAAGACGUCUCAACAUGUGUCGAGUCUGAAACAAGUAAAUUUCAUUUGUUGUGCCAAGUUUUCUGGUUGCAUAUGGGCAGUCAUUGUGCUUCCUUGUAGAUGCCACUACAGGUAUUUCGAAAAGGUAUUGCCAACUUUUUUUAAAAAAUCCCAGUUGGGAUGAUUCCUAAAAUUAACAAUGUGGAUAUGAUUGAAAACUGACAUGUUUUAUUUUUUAGAGCUUUAUGAGUGUCCUGUUGACUGUAUAAUGAAUAGAAAAGGGAACUUUUACUCAAAUGCACAUGUGUUAAAAUUGAAGAUUUUCUAGAAUAAAAUGUAUACAAAUUCCACACUUACAUUUCACAAGUAAAGAAAUAGUGCCUUUUAGUUUCUAGAAUUUUUAAAUUGAAUGCUUUAUCAAUUUAGCUGUAAAGACUUUUGAAUAUGCUGAAUAAUAAACAUGUAUCUUAAGAAGA